AUGGCGUUGUUGAAGGCGGGGCUGUGUAUAUUGGGGCUGUGUUUAUUCGGCUACAUAGUGGGUCCGCCCCUGUACUGGCAUUUCAUGGAAAGAUUAGCAGCCGUCAGCCACACUUCCAACACUUGCCCACCUUGCCUCUGUGAUUGCUCUUCUCAGCCUCUUCUCACUAUCCCCGAAGGACUGAACAAUGCUUCCGCUUCAGAUUGCGCAAAACAUGAUCCGGAGGUGAACGAGGACACUGAAAAGCAGUUUGCAGAACUUUUGACAGAAGAGCUGAAGCUAAGAGAAGCCGAAGCUUUGGAAAGCCAGCAACGUGCGGACAUGGCAUUACUGGAGGCUAAGAAAUUAGCAUCACAGUAUCAAAAGGAAGCGGACAAAUGCAAUUCAGGAAUGGAGACAUGCGAGGAAGCAAGGGAGAAAGCCGAAGAAGCAUUGUCUGCUCAGAUGAAGCUGACUGCAAUGUGGGAAAUUAGAGCUCGACAAAAGGGUUGGAGAGAAAAGGUUACCAAAUCUCACACACAGUUACAAGAUAAUCUCCUCUUCGUCUAA